GAAAGUCACUUGAGUCAGUCCCCAACAAACGGUCUUCUUCGUGUCCUGAGUGAAAAGGAGCCAUCAUUUGCAGAUUUUCCCUUGAACCGUAGAUACAUUUCCCGUACCUGGUAUGACGUUCAGCGAGUCUUUAAUGUGCAGGAGAACUUGAGAAAAUUACAACACUGGCCUAGACACGCGAGAAAGGCCUGAAAAACGCUGGUGAGUGUGGCCUCCCCGCGACGCCAUAUUGGUUGACCUCCUUGAAGGCCCGAGAGGAAUAUUCUUAUCAUCGUGCAUCUCCUUCAUCUAUAUCAUCAGUGUUGUGGGUGAGCUGGCGACCACCAUGGCAGACAUGGCAACCAUCCCCAACCAUACCUCGCCCAUCAAACCCAUAAUCAAUAACCAGGUGGUGAAGCCUCUUGAUGACAAAUCGUGGAAGUCCCAGCUGGUGCUUCCUCCAAGAGACAGAAGGAAACGAACAUCAGAUGUGACAGACACUAAAGGCAAUGAGUUUGAGGACUUCUGUUUGAAGCGGGACUUAUUGAUGGGUAUCUUUGAGAAGGGGUGGGAGAAGCCGUCCCCCAUCCAGGAGGCCUCCAUCCCCGUUGCCCUCAGUGGAAGAGAUAUUCUGGCUCGUGCCAAGAAUGGCACUGGAAAGACAGGGGCAUACUCCAUCCCCCUCCUGGAGCAGAUUGAUCCAACUCAGAACCACAUCCAAGCUCUGGUCAUUGUGCCCACACGAGAACUGGCUCUGCAGACUAGUCAUAUUUGCAAUGAGUUAGCCAAACAUUUAGGUGUCAAGGUUAUGGUGACAACUGGAGGAACUAAUUUAAAGGAUGACAUCAUGAGAAUCUAUGAGAUAGUGCAUGCGGUGAUUGCCACUCCCGGUAGAAUCCUUGACUUGAUGGAGAAGAAGGUUGCAGUUAUGGACAAAUGCCGGAUGUUGGUAUUAGAUGAGGCUGACAAACUCUUGUCCCAGGACUUCAAAGGCAUGUUGGACAGAGUGAUCUCUUACCUACCUCCAGAGCGACAGAUCCUCCUCUACUCUGCCACGUUUCCUCUCACUGUGGAACAAUUCAUGAAGAAGCAUCUGAGAUCUCCAUAUGAAAUCAACCUGAUGGAUGAGCUGACCCUGAAAGGAGUGACACAGUACUAUGCAUUUGUCCAAGAGCGACAGAAAGUCCACUGCCUAAAUACCCUAUUCUCAAAGCUACAAAUCAACCAAAGUAUCAUCUUCUGUAAUUCCACGCAAAGAGUUGAACUGUUGGCCAAGAAGAUUACUGACCUGGGGUACUCGUGCUACUACAUCCAUGCUAAGAUGGCUCAGGCCCAUCGCAACCGUGUCUUCCACGACUUCCGUGCUGGACUCUGCAGGAACCUCGUGUGCUCAGACUUGUUUACAAGAGGUAUAGACAUCCAAGCUGUUAAUGUCGUCAUAAACUUUGACUUCCCCAAGAUGGCCGAAACUUACUUGCACAGGAUUGGUAGAUCAGGACGCUUUGGGCACCUUGGCAUUGCCAUCAAUCUGAUAACUUAUGACGAUCGCUUUGCUCUGCAUCGCAUUGAGCAGGAGUUAGGCACAGAGAUCAAGCCUAUCCCCAAGGUCAUCGAUCCUGCUCUGUAUGUUGCGGAGCAUCACUUUGAAGAGGAUGACGAAGGCAAUAUCAGCAAGUAACUGCUCCCUGGUGAUCAUUUAAGAUGGCACAAACAGGGAAAGAGCAUCUCUGUUCCCUUUGUUUAGUGUCCCAAGGCCACAAGUGGAAGCCAUCAGCCAAUACAGCAGAACACCACACUCGUUCUAGGCAUCACUUCAGACCCUGGAUUGCUGGGACAUGGGGACUGGUUAGGGAACAGGAAAUGGAUAUAGUGUUUGGCAUUGUGGUGAAUGGUAGCUAACUCUGGCUGGCCUGUUUAGGUUGUCUGCGAGACUAUACUCUCAGGUGAUUAUCAAUAUGAAUAGAAUAUUUCGAUGGUUUUCCUUUGUAAAGUCUAUCACAAACAUUUCGGCCAGCUGGUGGUGGUGCCCAAGAAGAACGGCUGCAAAGGACAGCUCAUGUGUUGUGUGGAGUCAAUGAGUGACAAGAAUUGUGCGAAUCAAGAUGCAGUGCAGGAAAUUUGGAAAAAUACUCGUUAGCAAGUGUGAUGUUCUGUUGAUGGUGAUAGCUUCAUUCACUGACUGUUGUGGCCAGAAGUUUCAAAUGACAAUAUUUAUUGUCUCAAUGGUGUUGACACACAGGUCUACAGUCAUUAGUGAGGAGUGAGUAAUGGAUGUACAAGGAGUGAGGUGUUGGAUCUUGCCCUCGACCACUGUUUUUGCAAGACCGUCAUACCUCAACUGCAACAGAAACUCUCAGAUAUACAAAUAUUCGUCUGUGAUGUAUUUCUAAUGACUGGGACAGGACCUAUCAUGGAAAGCAGGACCUACGAAUGAUCAAGUAAUUGUUGCUGCCUUCGGGAAGGCAGUCAUUGGUCUUUGCUUUUAAAUAUUUAUGUACAGUUAGGACAACUUGUGCAUUGUUACCGUGGGAGUAUUGUGUGGUUAAAACUUUUCCCUAUUGACCAUUUAUUUCGUAAUGAUCUAAAUGCUUCACAAAGAUUAUAAAAAAUCCUGACUAAGUUAGGACAAAGCUGGUUUGACAAUGCACAUUUGUAGUUUUGUAAAUCUAUUUUUAUACAAGAUGGAUUGUAAGUUACCAGUAGGAUGGAGUGGUUCACUGUACAUCUCCAAAUAAGGGUGGGUCCACUCCAAGCAACCCUUCCAUCCUACUGGUGUCUGGCUGUCCUCUCUGUACAGUUCUCCCAGUGAAACCCAACUGCAGCACUGACACCAUAACCCGAAGCUACAACUUGUCAAGCAGAAUUGGUGUGUGAAACCUAUGCCUUCAUCACCGCCAUCAGUGCAGUGCUGUGAGACCAUGGACUCAUAAAGGCACGCUGUGGAAGUUGGGGGAAAUAGUUUGUCAGGUCAGCAGUUGUGGAAUGAGAGCAGGCUCUUUUCAGAGCUCAUGGUUUAUAGUUAAAAUUUUGGAUUCUGAUGGCAUCCCCCAGAUUACUGCCUAACUUAGCUGGGGCUUAGGCUUGUGAAUCCUAAAAAAAUUUCCUCACCUCAAAUACUGUGAUCAAGCAUUCAGCUCACAGUUUUAAGAACUUAAGGGAGAUUUUCAUCUCUUUGGACCCACCCAAAUUUCAUCUGACAAAGAUUAAAUGAUGUGCUCAUUCAAAAUUCUUAACUCACGCUCACUCUUUCACUCUCUCUACCUCUCUCUAUUCUGUCAUUAGUCAGAUGAAAAUAAUUCUGUUCUUGUUUGAUUGUACAUUUUGGCAUUUGAAGAACAUUGUAGUUACAAUAACAUUGGUUUUCCUGUUUUGUACUUUAUCAAAAUUGUCACAAUUGGAGCACUGCCAGUGGGUGCCUUGUAAUCCUGCUCCCAUUGGUAAAACUAUUUUACAAUUUAAAUUCACCCAGGCAGGGAGGGGCUUACAAAAAGUUCUGCCAUUAUUAUGAAAUCUGUCCAGUGUAAGCUGCUCCCAAGCCUCCUUCUUCCUUGUACUCUGACAAAAUUUGGAUUACACUUCAUUCUAACAUCACAAAUAUUUGUAAGUGGUCAGGAUUUCCACCGUAAUGUUAAAGAAUAAGUAAAAUAAAAUAAACAACAGGGAGCCAAAGUUUAUUGGCUGGAAAAACUAUUAAGUGGUGGAAAACUGGCCACAGUAAUACCGUGCUCCAUCAACACCUUGGAGUUUUAGAAAGUGCUUUUAUAGACUGUUUCAUUGGUUAGUAUUUUGACAUUUGAACAUAAAAUACCAUAUUGAAUAUCAUUAGCAGUAUUUCAGUAUUUAAAACUACUAAAGGGGAAUCAUACUGCAGAAAUUAGACCUUGUGGUGCCUGAUUAAUAUUCAUGACUACCAUGAAUUUAUGAAUCAUGGAAUGAUGCAUAAUUUUAUUUUUUACCUAAAAGUACUACUGAACUUAUGAUUUUUGGGCUUGGGCACCUCAUUCUUUAUGGUGUAUGAUAGAGGACUUGAUUCCAGUAAUUUGUCAUUUUUAAGUUAACUUCCUGGAACAAUUGCAUUGUGGAAUGUUAAAUGCUCCCUGUGAUCACAUCAUUUGCAUUCAAGAUUGGUGUUGACAUCAAAAUCACCUGCAGGCUCUGCACUUCCAACCUCUUGCAAACCUGUAUGAUGUCAUAUGGGGGAGGAACCUCUUUGAACUAAAUUUUUAUUUGUCUUUAGACAAAAUUGUAACAAGUUAUUGGUCAAAAUUAAAUAAGCCUCACCCCA